GUCGCCAUAAAUCAAAAGGUCAUGCCAGGUUCCGAGCCGGUGGGAGCACACUUGGCGGGAUGCAUAGCUAGGCGAUCGUGAUUAAUACACUUUUUCGCUACAAGCUUGCAGGCUUGGCGCUUGCGAGCGCACUGUCCACCGUGUGCUUCUCAACAGCUCUUGGGUUUUGCUUGAACUUGUAACGCAGAUGGAUGUACAAACCAAGCUGCACCAAGAAGUUCUCGCCUUCGAGGAAAGGGCGCGGAAGCAACCCCGACAACCUCACAUGGGAUGAGCUGCAAUUGGACGACUUGCACUACUUCGACAACAGAGUGGCGAUCUCUGAGCUCAAAUGUUUCUUGCUCGCCAUCAUUUCUCGCUACCGCGUCGAGCUGGUGCCGGGUAUUGACAACAUUGUCGAGAUCGUCGCGCUCGUCAACCUACCCGCUCCCAAAGGAUGUGAGAAAGCUGGCAGCACGCUCCCUAUUCGACUGAUCCACUGUAAUUUUGUGAAGAGCAGAUGCAUGGCAACUAUAAUGUCUCUCCAAAGAACAAAGCAUGCUGAUUAGUCUACUUCGUACAAAUUGGCAGCAUCGGCCAGCGC